CUCAUCACCGGGGCUUGCCAAUGUGCCGGGCUUAGGGGUGGCUGGCGGUGAGGACUGCCCCCCCACAGCUACCUGGCUCACACUCCUUCCAGCCCCGCCCCCAUGGCCCGGCCCCUGCCGGUCACAUUCGGUUGCAUCAGCCUGCUCUGCCUGCUGCUCCCAGGCACACUGUCCCGCGGCCUGGGCGGGAGCCAAUGGCCUGCCCCACCUAGGGAGCCCCCAGCCUGGGCCCCUUCCGGUGGCCUGAAGCCGGGACACCCUGCCGUUCAGCCUGUGGUCUGGAAGCUACACCAGGCCCUCCAGCCACAGAGGAGCGCCAACCGAGCCCCCGCCAUGGGUCACCCUCUCCGGGGUGGCCCCCACCGACACCUGGGCCCCCGCAGGUCCCGAGCCCAGCUCCUGAGGGUGGGCUGUGUGCUGGGCACCUGCCAGGUGCACAACCUCGGCCACCGCCUAUGGCAGCUGGUUGGGUCAGCCGGCCCACGGGACUCAGCCCCCGUGGACCCCAGCAGCCCCCACAGCUAUGGCUGAGAUGGAGCAGGACAGACCUCUGUCUGUCCCGGCCAGGAUGCCACCCCCCAACCCAGUCCUAGAGCUGCAUCUGGGCCCCCCUGCCCCCACCCAGCCCCGCGGACUUCCUACA